UUUUCUUUCAUUGAGUCCCUAGUCUCCAACAGCCCAGGUCAAUGCGUUUAAAUGUCAUCUACAAUAAAAAGUCUUUAUUAAAAUCUAUGGUAAUUAUGUACCUUCAUAAUUAUCAUACAUGUUAAAGACUUGACGAGCUGUAAUUGAUUUGUGUCAAACAAUCCACUCGACAAUGAAAAUUCCUCUCUUUACUUUGUUUUUCUUCAUGCCCCUUCUAACGAUGCUCUCCAGCAUGAACAUAGGUCUGGUUUCUGGCAGAUGCCAGAGCGAUCAGCAAUCUUUGUUGCUCCAAUUAAAGAACACUCUCGUAUUCUAUGAAUCUAUGUCCACCAAACUGGUGACAUGGAAUCCCAGCACGGAUUGCUGCGAGUGGAGAGGUAUAAGCUGCGAUAUUGGUGGGCUAGAUCGUGUUAUAGGCCUCGACUUGAGCAAUGAAUCAAUCACUGGUGGACUUGACGAUUCAAGCGGGCUUUUCAGUCUUCAAUUUCUUCAGAGUCUAAACUUGUCCUUCAACAGCUUCAGCACAGCUCUGCCAGUCGGGUUUGCCAACCUCACGGAUUUGAUUUCACUGAAUUUGUUCAGUGCUGGCUUUACAGGCCAGAUUCCAAAUGGUUUCUCAAAGCUGACAAGGUUGGUCAGUCUUGAUUUGUCUGCCCUUUCCUUCCCUGGAAGUCGUGCACUGAAACUCGAGAAGCCUAAUUUUGCAACAUUGGUUCAAAAUCUCACACACCUAACAGAGCUCCUUCUUGAUGGUGUUAAUAUAUCAGCACACGGAAAUGACUGGUGCAAGGCCUUAUCUUCACUGCCAAAUCUAAAAGUGCUGAGCAUGUGCAGCUGCUAUCUUUCGGGUCCUCUUGAUGCUUCCCUUGCAAAGCUUCAGUCUCUUUCAAUAAUUCGUUUGAGCGGUAAUAAUUUGUCUGCUCCAGUUCCAGAAUUCCUUGCAAAUUACUCGAAAUUGACUGCCUUGCAGCUUAGCUCUUGCCAGUUGAACGGAAUAUUUCCACAAGCUAUAUUCCAGGUACCAACACUAGAGAUCCUUGACUUGUCAUCCAACGAAUUCCUUCAGGGUUCUUUUCCGGAGUUCCAUCAGAAUCUCUCUCUUCGGACCCUCCUGCUCAGUAGCACAAAUUUUUCGGGAACAUUACCACAGUCCAUUGGUGAACUCGAGAAAUUAUCCAGAAUAGAGCUAGGGGCAGCGGGUAACAAUUUCACUGGACCAAUUCCAAAUUCAAUGGCUAAUCUCACCCAGCUGUUUUAUCUGGACUUGUCAUCCAACAUGUUCACAGGCACACUCCCAUCAUUCCGCAAGUCCAAGAAUCUCACCUAUGUAGAUUUCUCUCACAAUCAACUAACAGGUGAGAUUCCAUCCAGUCACUGGGAAGGCCUUCGAAGCCUCACCCAUGUUGAUUUAGGGUACAAUGCAUUCAACGGGAGCAUCCCCUCAUCUUUGUUUGCAAUCCCGCCGCUGCAGAAGAUACAGCUUUCCAACAACCGAUUUGGGGGACAGAUUCCUGAGUUUCCAAACGUGUCUUCCUCUCUUUUGGUUAUCCUGGAUUUGAGCUGCAACAAAUUAGAAGGUCCUAUUCCCAGUUCUGUUUUUGGUCUUGCUAAACUCAUUGUCCUUGAACUUUCAUCCAAUAAGCUCAAUGGCACGGUGGAAUUACAUUGGAUUCAGAAACUUCCCAGUCUCACCACACUUGCCCUGUCAUACAACAACUUGACAGUGAAUGCAAGUGGUAGCAAUUCCACCGUGCCUUCCCUUCCACAAAUCAAAAAACUAAGAUUGGCUUCUUGCGACCUCGGAAUGUUUCCGGAUCUAAGGAAACAAUCACAACUCUUCCAUUUAGACCUUUCAGACAACCAAAUUACUGGGCCGGUACCUGGUUGGAUUUCAGAACUUAGUCUUCUUCAAUAUCUGAAUCUUUCACGCAAUCUCCUGGUUGAUCUAGAAAGACCUUUGUCUCUUCCUGGUCUUAGCAUCUUAGACCUGCAUCAUAACCAGCUCCAAGGGAGCAUUCCAUUUCCUCCAUCAUUUAUUAUCUAUGUGGAUUACUCCAGCAAUAAUUUUUCUUCCUUCAUCCCCCCUAACAUCAGUAAUUACUUCAACUUUACCCUUUUCUUCUCCCUUUCAAAUAAUCGCCUUACCGGAGCAAUACCGCAAUCAAUAUGCAAUACCGAAUGGCUACAAGUUCUUGACUUGUCUAACAACAGUUUGAGCGGAGCAAUACCAUCCUGUUUAAUUGAGAGGAUUAAGACUCUUCGUGUUCUAAAUUUAAGGAGAAACAACUUCGAUGGCUUUAUUCCUGAUAAAUUUCAAAGAAGCUGUGAAUUGAAGACUCUGGAUCUGAGUGGAAACAACUUUCAAGGGCAGGUUCCAAAAUCUCUGACCAAUUGCGCUAUGUUAGAGGUUUUAGACCUUGGGAACAAUCAAAUCAAUGACAGGUUCCCGUGUCUUCUUAAGAGCAUAUCGAGUUUUCGUGUCCUUGUUCUGCGAAACAACACGUUCUCCGGGCUUAUUGGAUGUGCACACAUCAAAGGCACUUGGCCAAGGCUUCAGAUCGUCGACCUAGCUUUCAACCAUUUCAGAGGAAAUCUACCUUAUAUUUUCUUGAAAACGUGGGAAGGAAUGAUGGAAGGUGGAAACAGAAACCUUGAGCACAUAAAAUAUGAUCUCCUGACGAUGACGGAUGGACUGUAUUAUCAAGAUUCAAUAACGGUCACCAUGAAGGGUCUUGAGUUGGAGCUGGUGAAGAUAUUAACCGUAUUUAUUUCCAUUGACUUGUCGAGCAACAAUUUUGAAGGUGAAAUACCAGAAUCCAUAGGACAAUUAACUGGACUCCAUGUUCUCAACUUGUCUCACAAUGAUCUCACAGGCCAAAUUCCAUCAUCUGUCGGAAACUUGUCGCAGAUGGAGUCCUUGGAUCUCUCAUUCAACCAUCUCUCCGGAGUAAUUCCUCAGCAGCUUGCAAGCCUGUCAUUCCUUUCUGUCCUGAAUCUCUCAUAUAACAGGCUAGUGGGAAGGAUCCCAACAGGCGCUCAAAUCCAGACGUUCUCACCCGAUUCCUUUGAAGGUAACCAAGUAUUAUGCGGGCCUUCAUUUAUUUUAGCAUACUCAAAUCCAUUAAUUUCAACAUGCUCCAAUACCAAUGGAUCAAAUUAUGAUGGAGAGCAUGGUACUACAUACAUGUAA